AGUUGGGGGCGGGGCCGAGGUAAGAAGAGACAGAAGCACCAGAAGAAGGUUAAGACCAAGACGAGCAGCAGUAAAGAGGAUGAGACAGAAGGAGAUUAGGAGAACCAAAAAGUCCAAAAGAAGAAAAGGAGCGGUGUAAGAAAAAAAAGAAAAAAAAAAGAGUUGGAUGGAAGAAAAAGAACUUGGUUAACCUGGAGACAAAAAAGAAGUUAAGAAGUUCCGACGAGACUGGUGGAGCUGGUAACCAUGACGACCGUUCAAAUACCACGGUAGUCAGCGGGGAAGCAUGGUAGCCGGGGUCCUUGAGGACCCGUAGACCCAAUGGACUGACGUGGACAACUACCUGACCCGUCCAUGGAGCGCCGAAAGCCCCUCCCUCUCCUCCUCCUGCUAGUGGCGAUGGGUCGGUGUCAGUAUGACUCGUGUCGUACCUUCGGAGACUUGGAGGCGGAGUCAAGAUGGGAGUUCGCCCCCUGUCAGCCCCCGCCCACAAACAUGAAAGAGACCAUGCAGAUCAGAGUGGAUCCACCCGGGGUCACCUGUGGAAACCCCCCUGAACGCUUCUGCACCCUGGAGAACCCGUACCUCUGCAGCGAUGAGUGCGACGCCUCCAGUCCCGACCUGUCGCACCCCCCCCAGCUGAUGGGGGACCGGGAAAGAGGAGGGCUCAUCACUUACUGGCAGACGGUCACAUGGUCCAAGUAUCCGGAGCCGCUAUUGGCCAACAUCACGCUAUCCUGGAACAAGAGUCUGGAGGUAGUCGAUGACCUGGUGGUGACCUUUGAAUAUGGCCGCCCCACCAGCAUGGUCCUGGAGAAGUCACUGGACAAAGGUGUCACGUGGCAGCCGUACCAGUUCUAUGCUGACGACUGCAUGGAUACGUUCGGGAUGCCGCCGAAACGGGUGUCGGAUUUGGCGCCCAGCAACGUGACCCGGGUCAUCUGUACCGAGCAGUACUCCCGAUGGGUGGGGGCCAAGGAGGAGAAGACGGUGGUGUUUGAGGUGCGGGCUCGCUUCCAAGUGUUCACGGGCCCGAAGCUGAUCAACAUGGACGCCCUGUACACCCGCAUGGAGACCACCAAAGGUCUGAGAGACUUUUUCACCUUCACCAACAUCCGCCUGCGACUCCUCCGCCCGGCGCUCGGCGGCACCUACGUCCAGCGGGACAACCUGCUCAAGUACUUCUACGCCGUCUCCAACAUCGACGUACCCGCCAGGUGCCAAUGCAACCUGCACGCAUCGAGCUGUUCACCGCGCGACGCCACCCUCGUGUGCGACUGUGAACACAACACGGCUGGACAGGACUGCGAGCGCUGCAAUUCAGAGUUCACCCCCAGCAGUUGGAGGCCCGGAACCUUCCUGCCCUUGCCCAAGGGCACGGCCAACGCUUGUGAAGCGGCACAGACAACAGCCAGUGCGGCUGAUGACUCAAACUCUGAUAGAACUUCUGCUUCAUCGCGUGGAAUCACUGACGCUUCUACUAUUGUUACUGUCGACAUGACUGAUACUUGGACUACUUCUACCACUGACACUGUCGACAUGACUGAUACUUGGACUACUUCUACCACUGACACUGCUUCUACUAUUGUUACUGUCGACAUGACUGAUACUUGGACUACUUCUACCACUGACACUGCUUCUACUACUGUUACUGCUGAGGACACUAUUGAUACUUCAAUGACUUCUACUAUUACUGCUACGGACACUACUGAUACUUUGAUGACUUCCAUUAUUACCAAGAUAUACACUACUGAUAUUUUAAAGACUUCUUCUAGUAUCCCUACGGACGCUACUAAUAUUUUGAUGACUUCUACCAUUACUGUUAAGGACACAACUGACACUUUAAAGACUUCUACUGUUACCAACAAGGACACUACUGAUCCUUUGAUGCCUUCUACUAGUGACAAGUUUUCUAGCUGGACUACAGCUGAUUCUACUUCAAAUGCUUACAGUUCUAUUAUUGACACUUCUUCAACUGACGCUAGCACUAUGGUGACAAAGGAGGGAAGUACUACAACACAGUCUUCUAGCUCUAGCUUGCAGACUACCAUUGUUGAGGACUCUGAUACUUCAAAGUCAGCGACUACUUUGGAAGUUUCUGGUGACGUUGUUUCUUGGACAACAGGGGCCGCGCCUCCUGUCAUUAGUGCUGUCAGUAGUACAGUUAGCACCCCAGGUCUUGAUAGGCUUUUUGACCUUGGCAGUGUCGCAGGACCGAGGACAGACAAUCCAUUUUCUAUUCUAGCAGAAACCCUGGCUCUAAGGACCACGAUCGGUACCUCCGGUACCACAAACAGCAACACCAGUCCAAAGAGCAGUACUGACUCUGAGGUCAUUUCUGACCAAGUGACUUCCCCUAACUCCAACUUGUCACCGCAAAGCACAGACUUUGUCCCUCCAGAGACUGGUACAUCCAGCAUCGUACGUACAGUUCUACGUUCUAGUGGAGCUCCACCAGUCACGACAUCGGCAUGGGAAGUAACAAAGUCUGACAACAUGGUCCUCUCUGGAGAUAUUGCAACUACUGAAUUAUCUUCUCCUGAUGGAAAUGCUCCACCUACUUUUGAUGUUCCAACUUUUAACGGACCUUCUCCUGAUGGAUAUCUUCCUGAUGACCUACUCCCCAUUGAAGCUACUGAUGUUUCUCUUGCUAAUGUACCUUCUGCUGUUGCUCCUUCUCCUGGUGGACCUGCUGAUGUACCUUCCACCAAUGAAACACUUCUUAAGUUACCAACGCCUGAUUUAGCCUCCCUUGAUGUCACCCCUGAUACUCAGUCCACCAAGAUAAAUGGUCCACCUGAAAGACCUACCACCAUGCAACCUCCUAGUGAAGAUGAAACUCCACUUGAAGGAGAUACUCGUGAUGAAAUUGCUGUUGACAGAUCUCCUGAAGAAAAUUCCCCUUCCAAAGUAUCUCCUUCUGCUAGACUCCCAUCUGAAGUAUAUCCUCUUGAAGUGCUCCCCCAAGUUCCUGAUGUACCUAUGAACAUAUCUGCUUUUAAAUUUGGAGAAGUUGCACAGGUUGGUCCAAAUUGGUCUGAGCCGGCUGGUGACCUGGCUCCAGUCGACUUCACCUUCCCUUUUCCAGAGGAACUGGAUUUGACUGGCCCUGAUACACCUCCUGGAACAGAGGAUUCAAAUCCAGAUCCUGCUUCUAAAUCAGUUGACAGUAGCUUGGAUUCAGACUUAGCAGAAGGAGAGAUAAGUCAAACAGAUAAGGGAAGAACUGGGUUGCCUGGCCCAGACUCUUUGGAAAUAAAUCCUGAAGCUCCUGAGUUGGGUCCCAGCCCUGAUUCUCCUCCAAUUGUCAUUGAACCAAGAUUAGAUUCUUCACCAGGUCAGAAGAAAGAAGAGCUGGAUUCAAGCCCAGAUUCUACCCCUACUGUGACUGAACAAAGAUUAGAUUCUUCACCAGGUCAGAAGAAAGAAGAGCUAGGUUCAAGCCCUGAUUCUCCUCCAACAGUCAAUCAACCAAGUUUAGAUUCUUCACCAGGUCAGAAGAAAGAAGAGCUAGGUUCAAGCCUUGAUUCUCUUCCAACAAUCAACAAACCAAAAUUAGAUCCUUCACCAGCUCAAAAGAAGGAAGAAGACAAAGACAAACGGAGGACAGAGGAGCAAACAGACAAAAAAGCUGCCGAGUCCAAACGCAAAGGAGCUUCAAAGAAAAAAGAGAAAGGUGAAAAAGAAUAUGAGAAAAAAGCGACCCAAAAGAUUCUGAUUCCGGGAGGACCAAAGACCAGUCAACUGUCCAAAAUUGCCUAUGUCACCUUCCAGGACUGCGAGUGUAACGCACACUCCAACCGCUGCAGCUUCAUCGACUUCCUGAACGUGGUGACGUGCGUGAGCUGUAAACACAACACGCGAGGAAACAGGUGCCAGUACUGUCGACUGGGUUACUACAGAAACCAAUCGCUGGCCCUGGAGGACCAGAACGUGUGUGUGGAGUGCGAGUGCGACGCCAGUGGCAGCUCGUCUCCACACUGCUCUCAGUCGGGAUCGUGCCAGUGCAAGGAGGGCGCCGCCGGGAGACGCUGCGACUCCUGUCUGCCCGGGUACACGUGGAGAGGGCCCGGAGUUGGAUGCACAGUCAACGUGUGCGACGAGACUCGGACUUGCCAGAACGGCGGGACUUGCGUGGACUUUGUGCGCUGCGAGUGCAGCAAGGACUUUGAAGGUGCGUACUGUGAGCAGAACGUCUGCUUGAGGAGGAACACUUGCCUCGGCGACGACGGGAGCUCCGCCUCGCCCUUGACCUCACGGCUCGUCGUGCUGAGCCUCGGCCUGCUGGUCUUCGCCUUUUCAUGACCCGCCCGCCGGUGAGGAUGUUGUAACCCGGUGAUGCUGCGUAACCACGGUUACAGGCACGUAAGUGGACUGCAGAGGUGAUGAGGAAAAACAAAAACAAUAAAAUAUGAACGGGUCUCUUGGUCGUUGUUUUGGGAACAAGGUUGUCGAAUGAGUGGCAAUAAUGAUUUUUAAAUUAAAAUGAUCGGAAAACCUAUCCAUCCAUCAUCUUCCGCUUAUCCGAGGUCGGGUCGCGGGGGCAACAGCCUAAGCAGGGAAACCCAGACUUCCCUCUCCCCAGCCACUUCGUCUAGCUCUUCCCGGGGG